AGUACAAGCCUUUCUUGAUGUGAUGCUUCUUCAUUUGCUCAAAACAAGCCUUCUUUUUUGCUCCGUAUCCACACUCCAAGAUGGCGGAAUUGUCUACCCAACCCUACUUACGCCAAGGUCGAACAGGGAGAGAAAGGUGCUCCAGAUAAGUGUGAAUAUCACACUUCAUCUUGAGAAAAGCCAAGUGUUUUUCGAAUGACUUUAUAUUUAUAACCGAAUCGAAAUAUGAAAAAAUCCACUACCGCAUGAAGCGUGAAUAUUACGAAAAGAACUUGUAUCACGACAAACAAAACAUGGCUUCCAGUCAUAGUCAACGAGGAUAGUGGCGUCCAAGUCGAAGGAAUCUUAAGCGAUACGAUGCGCAUCCGACCUAUGGCACAUAUGGAGCGCUCAGAGGACGGCCGCAUCCCUCACACCGUUUACGAAAUCCAACUGCCUCUGUGGACAAAAGAAGAGCCCGGAAGAUACAAGAAGAUUUAUCUGCAACCAUUCAUGCCCGUCGAAGAACGGGAAGAUAAACAGCAAAGAGAUCGUCGAAGACAACGAAAGAAAUACAACCCGAAAUUCAUGUCGUUGUAGAUUGCGCUUUCGCGUACGAAUUUAGGCUUAAUGAGCUUACUGUAACGCUAUACGUAGCGGUUUUCUUCAACGCAGUGAACCUUCGCUUUGGGACUAUCCGCAGACCUCGAAUCAGACUAAGAGUUGUGGGAAUUACCAUGUGGAAAACGAAUCCGCCGUAUCUUGUGCUGGGAAGGGAAGAAGACCAAGUACUGGACAUCGAGACGCUAGCAAAGUUCAACGCUCACUAUAGGAAUACAAUUCAAUUCAGCGAUUGCGACCUGAUGUUUUUGAUGACUGGACUGGACAUGGUUUUCAUCGAGAAAAACGUAACCAAGACCUGGGUAGGUGGUUAUUCCUACAUAGGCGCGAUAUGCCAAGAAAACAAAGUAGCCAUGGCAGAAGACCGUCCGAGAGCCUUCAUCAACGUUCAAACGGUUGCCCAUGAAAUCGGACACAGUCUUGGCUGUGCGCACGACGGAGAACCAGCUAUACCGCAAAUAGAAGGUCACAUAAGCUCAAAAACCUGUCCUCCGAGUGACGGCUACAUCAUGAGCUACUCAUGGAAAGGUGAAAAUAAGUACCGUUUUUCGAACUGCUGCCUACAAAACAUCGGAAAUCUGGUCAACCAGCAGCCACGCUGGCGUUGCUUAAUUGCAGUGAAAGCAAAGAAACGCAUAUCAAAUAAUAAGGACCUUCCUGGUAUGCGUACGACGCUAGAGCAUUUCUGCCAGAAAACAUACCUUUUUGAUCAUGAUGCGUUCUAUGAUAAGGCUUACGGCGUACAAGACUGCAAGGUUCGGUGCCAAAAUAAGACCAACCGCUUCACGGUCAGCGCUAUCGACGGCACACCUUGCGAAGAGAAUACAAGUCCGAAAAAGCACUGCAUUCUCGGAAAAUGCAUUGAAAUCAAGAAAUCAUAACUAUGGAGCUUUAUUCUUUAUGUAUCAAGUUGUUU